AUGGAGCAGAUGGCUGCCACAACCCCCGAAUUUUACAUUGAAAGACAAACAGCUGCAAAAACACAAGUAAUUGGCACAAAAGAAAUAUACGUUGUGGUUAAAUUGACCAAUUUCCACAUUAUCAUUAAUUCGAAAACCCUCUCUUUGGAAACAUGCGAAAUAUUUUGCGAACUUUUGUACGACACUGCUGACAUGAGACCAGUACCUUUUGUGAAUGCGUCUCCUAUUAGAUUUAAGGUCCAACACAUUUCCCAGAUACAAAUUGCAGUUGAAUGCAAACUAACAGUGUUGUCAAGUCAACAUGAAGACUCGUUGUUUCGAGUCAGAAUAAAAUUGGUACAGAACAAGAACGUUACAGCGACACUACUUUCUGGUGCGAUCAGGAGUACCUCCAAAAUCGACUCAAAAAAACGAACGAAAUUUGAAGAACUUAAAAAAAAAGAAGAAAAAAAGCCACGUUCAAUGAGCAAAAAUAGAAGUUCUGAGGAAAAAAUGGAGCAACGGUCUGUUGAUGUUUCGAUGAAUGAGACAAACAUUCUUACAUUAACCCUUCUAUCAUCAAAUUCGUUGCUUUUGGAACAAAUCCAAAACAAUUUAAGAAAAGACAGACAAAAUUUAUCAUUUGAACAACAGAUAUUAGGCCUCAUCAGAUCUAUAUUAUCUAUACAGGCCCAAUUUCACACACAAUGUGUCGCUGAUGCAUUCAGAUAUUUGUCUCCAACACAAAUAACAGCAAUGGAAGAAAUUUCAACCGUUUUUGGAAAAGCUUAUGAAACUUCAAACCCAUUUGCAAUCAUGAACCAAGAACCAAGAUAUGAACUACAGUACAGGACACUCACCGCACCAACACAAGAACAUCCUCAAAAUAUCAUGUAA